UGUCAAAAACUAUUAACUGUCAAAACCAAAACAUUGCAAUUUGCAGAAUUUGCAACUGGAGUUGGAAAACAAAAUACCUACCCAUGAAUUUAUUAAAGUCACUGGCUUUCUCAAAUCUAUAAGCUGAAUAAAAAAUUCAUCGAUUACACUAGAAGGAGUAGCUGUGUUCUACCAAGAUGCCUAAGAAAUUCGCUGGUGAAAAUAGCAAAGCGGUUGCCGCUCGUCAACGCAAAGAAGAUCAGAAGCAGGAGAAAGAACAGAAGAUGAAGAAAAUGAUAGAAGACGCACAAUGGGAAGACAAUGAUGAUAAACUUAAAAAGAAACAACAGAAAAAGGAAGAUCAAGAGAAGAAACGUCAAGAGCAGCUCCAAAAGAAAGCUGAGGCGAAGGCUUUACUGGAAAAAGAAAUGGAGUCUAUAAAAGCUCCUACUAAGACCGCUCCUCCGCCACCUAAAAUUACAAGAGCCCAAAUUUCUCUCAUGAAGGAGAAGACAAUUAAUAAACAGGAGCCUGUCAAACCUGUGCCUUCCCGAGUAGUUGUGGAGCAACCACCUCUAGAGGAGAAUCUCAAUAGGCUACAACUGGAUGGUGAAGUGGCACAAUCUGUGGAAGAGGCUAUUUCUAUUCUGAGUGAUAAAAAUGAAGUGGACAGGCAUCCCGAAAAGCGAUUGAAAGCAGCAUACACCGCAUUCGAAGAAGCAAACCUGCCGAUCUUGAAAGCUGAGAACCCUUCGCUCAGGCUGUCACAACUGAAGCAGAUGCUGAGAAAAGAGUGGCUCAAGUCUCCACAGAAUCCUAUCAACCAGAAAGUUUGAAAUGAUUUAUUUUAGUCUAUGGUAGACUUUAUUGUUAUCUAAUUGGCAUGAACUUGGUGGCAAUGUGUAUUUUAUUCAUACAUACAAACAUACAGUCAUGUCGACAUCCCUUGCGGAUAAGUCUUAACAGUCUCGAAACCAACCAAUAGGCCACGCUCACCUACAUGACGGAAUUGAGUUUCUCAAGUAAUAUCAUAAUACAUUAUGCCAGUGAUUUAUAUCCUUAGUUGUACUAUUUCAUAUUUAAGUCUUCUACUUAUGUAACGCGGGUCAACAUCAAUCGAGUCGACGCAAUAAAUGCGCCGGUCAUUUCAAAGCUGUUGCUUGGGGUUGUGGUCAAACAGUCCUGCUCAGCUACUGGUCAGUGUGUGUUCAGGAACACUUGAGAACCCAUCUGUUCCACGCGUAAAUAGUGUUCAGAGAGUAAAACUCAUAUAGUUACCAAGUUCAUGCCAAUAUGUUUGUUUGGAAAAGUAAAAUUUGUAACUGAUGUCAUGUGUAAAGUAUUUAUCGAAAAUCCGUACAUAGUAGGGACUUCGUAUGAGUAAUUAAAAAAUGUAAAUAAAUGCAAUGAUUUUUUUA